AUGGCCGAAACGUCCAAAUUCCUGGGUCAAUGGGAGAUGGACGAUCUUUGUGAGAAAUCUGAGAAUUUCUUGAACUUUUGUAAAGCUGUGGCCAUGACACCGGACGAAAUAGAAUACUACAAGAAAAUGCGUGAGACGAUAGCUUACUCCGGCCAAGGUGACAAAUGGAUAUGCGAGAUUUCAAUGGGUGAAAAUAAAAGCAGGCAUGAAUUUACAUUAGGAAUUAAAAACCCACCAGAGAAGGGGAUAGAUGGGUCGACAUUUUGUAUUGAGCCGAAGUUAGAAACACCAGACAAACUCGUAGAGAUAGCCACCACGAAACUUCUUGGACACGAUAAGGAGGUUGUCACCAAGACCGUGAGGACUUUGACUGCUGCCAACAAGAUGAAAUCCAUUGUUACAGAUGUAGCGUCAGGUGUCGCCAUGACAUUUUAUGCAACACGGAAGUGA